AACAGCAACAUAUUUGCAUCGUUAUCGUUAAACAAAUGCUCUAAAUAAACACAAUUAUAUCGUAAUUAGUAAAUGGUACGCAGUCCGCGAAUUUAGCCGAUAAAACAAGUAAUCCGUUCGUGUUUAAAAUUUCAUCGAGUCAACAUGGGGAUGUCGCGCUGCUAUUCACUUAUGAAAUGUUUGCUGAUACUGUUUAACAUCGUAUUUCUGGUGAUAGGCCUAGCAGCCUGCGGGCUGAGCGUCUGGGCCCUAUGGGAGGGCGGAGCCUCCGCCAGCGUCGGCGGGACCGGCGCCGGUGACGCGGCCGCGGCUCGAGCGGGGCUCUGUGCUGUGGCGGCCUGGGGCGGAGCGCUAGCGUUGGGCGCUAUUGCUGCAUUGUGGGGAGCGGCCCGUGAUGCCCCAUCGCUGUUGGCUGCUUCUUUUGCGCUCUUAGCGCUGUGUGGAGUGGCGGAGGCGGCAGCGGCUUGCUGGGGCGCGGCGCACCUGCCCCAGCUCCGGCGGGCGUUAUCGCAGCGCUUACACUACGCGGUCCGUAACGAGUACGGCCACGGCGCCGCCACGCAGCUGCUCGACACCAUUCAGGCCGAGCUCAAGUGUUGCGGCGCAGAAGGCGCCCGCGACUGGCAGAGCUCGGUGUGGUCCCGCGCCGAGGCCGGCGCCUCCGACGCGGCGCCCCCGCAGCCCGACGACGUAGCCCUAGACCUGUCUGUGACCGCCCCUAACUCUUACUACUACGUGCCGCCUUCGUGUUGCUUGGUGAGCGGAGACGAAGCGUCUUGUGCGUCGGCGCGGCGCGUGCCGGCGGCGUCGGGCGGCGCCGCGGGGCUGCACGCGGCCGCCUGCGCGCCUAAAGUCAUCAACGCGCUAGAGACGGGUGCACGGCUGCCGCUAGCGAUAGGCGCGGCGCUGCUCGCGCUGCACGCGCUCGCGCUACUGCUAGCGCUCGCGCUCUGCCUGCGCGCGCGCCCCGCGCCGCGCUACAAGGCCUAGGAGCACUACGACCACGGCCGACUUUACAUCUUAUCACACUCACAGUAAGAUUGAAUUUUCCAUGACUUGCGCGUUCAUUGUCGUUGUGAUAGAUAAAUAUCAACUAUUCACUCUGUUGAAUUUAUAGUAGCCGCAAUACCUA